GUGGCGUGAACGCGCAACUCCGGGAGACGCAGUCGGUUUAUUUCUCUCACCGAGAACGCGCGAAGUGAACGGAGGCCAGGGCCAUGAUGCGACGGUGCUAGCGUCGAAAUCUGCCUCCCAUCACACACGCCCCCAUCCCCCUAAAAUAUAUAUAUAUAUAUUAUGUAUAUAUAUAUAUAAAUAAUAAAACCACCAUGCGGAUGCUUUAAGGAGCCUCGGAGCGCUGAGAUCUGUGCGUUAUAUAGUGUUUUGGAGGUAGAGCUUUGCUGCGCAGGUGCGCCGUUACGCUGCGGCAGGAUGGAGUUCAAGCAGCUGGUGGACGCGGCGGAAAAAUGGUGCUCAGGAAACCCGUUCGAGCUGAUCUUCGCCGAGGAGGUGGACGAGCGCCGGAUGGACUUCUACGCCGAGCCUGGCAUUUCAUUUUACGUGCUUUGCCCCGACAACAUGACAGGAGGUACCGACACUUUUCAUGUGUGGAGUGAGAGCGAGGACUGCCUCCCUUUCCUGCAGCUGGCACAGGAUUACAUCUCCUCCUGCGGACACAAAACCCUGCUGGAGGUCCUUGACAAAGUCUUCAGAUCCUUCAGACCUCUCCUGGGUCUUCCAGACAUUGAUGACGACACGUACGAGCAGUACCAUGGAGACGUGGAGGAGGAAGCAGAGCCGGACCAUCAGCAGAUGGGUGUUAGCCAAUAAUAUGCUCAUGGAGGUGGAUUGACCUUCCACGGGCCAGAGCGUUGCUUCAUUCCCUCUCUUUUUUCCUACUUCCAUGGCAUCUUCACAUUUCUACCGUUUUAUGAUAUGCACUAUCUCUCUGUCUUACACACUCGCACAUAUGCACCACAGCUUGUUAUAAUGCACGAUUCCACCUUUUACCAUGUUGCAAAGAAAAACAUCCUCAGUAGACCGCCUAUGUCCUUCUUGUUUAUUUAAUAAGCCCCUGCUGGAAAAAUAAUAUGGAAACCAUUUCAGGCUUUUGUUGGUUCCUUGUGAUAGGAUUUUUGUGUGAUGGGCUGAGAUUGGUCGUAAUGGUUUAACAGGUAAUGCGUGACUGAUUUUAGUUGUGCUUAAUGGUUUUCUAACGGGAUUCAAGAGUCUUAACGGUCUCUGAUGUUAAAAUUAGUGUAAUAAGCUGUGGUUCGCUUGUGAUUUAAUGGACCUAGUUGACUUGUUACAGUAUAUAAUUCUGCAUUUCAGGCUGUGUGUAAGAAAACGGGAAAACAUUUAUAAGCUUAUCUAGUUCAAACUGAAAAAUAUUUCAUUCAGUUAAUAUAAAUAUUAGAGAUGGCACAACACCACCUUUUCUUUUCAGAUACCAAUCCGAUAUUUUUUUUCCUUUAAACAAUACUAAAGUUUAAAAUGUUCAGGUUUUUUUUUUUUUUUUUUCACUGAAAAACCACCUUAAAUAUAUAGAAAAAACACAUGGCUAAAAAUACCACAUACACAAAACCACAGCUCAGCUAGACUUUUCCCACACAAAUAUAACAUUCACUGCAAACAAUUGAAUACCUGUUUAUAAUGUAAUAACUAAAUAUAAUAAACUGUAAAGCAUACUUAUAAUUAAAUCAAUCAAGUUAAAUCUCUUUAUUUGUAAACAUUUCGAUUUAAAAAAAUAAAAAAAAUCUAUUCCAAAUCCAAUUCCAGGAUUGGAUCGAAUUCUGUUUUUCUCCCAUAUCCAAUCCAUAAUUUUCAUUAUCAGAUCAGUGCCAUCUCUGAUAAAUAUAGCCUGUAUAUAUACUGGAUCUAAAGCUGAAUACACACCUAAUGCACACUUGGAAACCAUUAAAACCUUGUGAAAUUGUUUAAUGGAAACCACCAGGUUAAUCCCAUUAGGAAGUAAACAAAUAUUUUUGUUUUUUAAGCAAGGAGGAUUAUGGACCAUACUGUUAUUGCCAUUAAACAUAAAUUCAUUCAUCGAGUUCUCCUGCAUACGAGACAUAACUAAAAUAACUUGGGGAAUAGUUAAACAGGUACAUUAAAUGUAUCUCUCAUCUUAACGAUGAUGAAUAGAGCUUGUCUUUCUGAAUGUCUGUAGUUAGAAAGUCUUGAUUGAUUUUCUAGUGAGUGGUGAAGAGGUGUUGUAAUGUCUGAGACCAAUCAGUGAAAUUGAUCAAACUCUUUGGAGUACUCAUCAUCAGCUUUGUCCUUUAUAUCUCAGUAUCCUUGAUCAUAUGGCCAUGGAUUGAAUAGGAAUAGUGAUCCCAGUAAAGCUCUCAGCCUGCGAAACUUAAUGCAUAAUAGCCCUAGAUCAGAGAUAGCGUGAUUGCAUUUUCAGCUUUCUGUAAAGACAAGCUUUCGUUUGCACUUAUGCAUCGUGGUUACUUUUCUUUUUGGCCUUCAAUAGUCUUUGAUUGUAUUAAACUAUAGCCUACUUCAGGCAUGUUUUCACACAAAUCAUGGCUAAUUAUAGACUUCCUCCAUGAUGUUUUCCUCCCAGACUACGCAAAAGUAAAAGCCUGAGUUGAGCUUUAAUGUGUGAAGUACAAUAAGCGUGAACAUGUUGAUCUGAAGCAGCAUCCUCUUUUUUCAUCCUCAAGUGCUGACUGAGGAAAAUAUGAUCCUCAACCAGCACUCAGUCUUCAUGAUUAAAGGCACUGAACUGUCUGAAUCUGACACACCCCACAGCAAAUUCUUUCUAGACCGCUUGACCAAUGUAAACAGGUUAGUAGGACCAGCAGGAACAUCACAUGUUGUUCCAGGAUAUGAAAAAAGCUGAUAUGAUCCUGCUGACUUCAUACAUUUAGUGCCGACCUAAUGCUGCCAUCAAACCCCUGUAUCUCCUAUACACUCACUGCUUCCAUACUAUCUUCCUCAGCAUUACGUCAUCCAUAUGUACUGAAGUCUGGUGUAAGAUCAAUCAAAGCUACUCUUCUAUGUUCAUAUUUAUUUGAUCAUCCAGCUUUAGCACUCUGCAAGCUUUUGUAUACCCCCCCUCCUCCCCCAAUGCAAACCUCUGGGUAUUUACCCCAUUAAAACAACUGUCAUUAUUUUAAUGAGAUUGAGUUUUAACUAAAGUUUGCUUAAAGAUGUAAUUUUAUAAUUUGUCUUGUUUUAUCCCAUGCUUUGUUAUCUGAUCUGUUUCGUCCUCAAGUUUGUGUAUGUUCCUAAAUUAAACCAUGUGGAGGUGACAUUCUUU